CGCUGAAAGUGUCGGCAGCUAAAGAAGAUUUCGACACACCGUAGCGGUAUAUUAAUAACUCAUAAAUCCGUAGUAUAGCAUAUAUUUGCUUCAAACGCCUGUACAAGUGUACAUUGGCAUGAAUGUACUACUUUCCAAAAAUUAUGUCCUAAUAGACUUUCAGAUAUUCCAUCUCUAGUUCUCAGGUAGCUGUCAAGAGGCAGGUCAGUCGAAAAGUCAAAGAAGUUUGGUUAGGGAUGGCUGAAAUGGAAUGAACAUAAACAAUUAAACAAACGUCAAAAUGCAUCCGAAGAUAGAACUAGUCUAGCCGUAAGUUCAACAACAAAGGAGAUAAUCAAAUGGACGAUCUAACCGAUAUUGCAGACGAGUUUAGAAAUAAUGAUCUUCACGAAGAAGCUUCAACUUCAUCAGAAACAGCUAAUGAAAAAUCUAUAAAAAAGGCGAGCACAAGUAAAACGUUCUCUCUUCUUGUGAAUCCAAAGCAAAGAGGAAACCCUUUAUUACAACAUAUAUGUAAUGUUACCUGGGAAUUCGACGACAGUAUUAUUCCAGAUUAUCAAAUGGGCAAAACUACUUGUGCAUUGUUUUUAACACUUCGCUAUCAUAACUUGAAUCCAGAUUAUAUUCACGACAGGUUAAAGAAACUAGGAAAGCAAUAUCUACUGAGAGUUCUUCUUGUACAGGUUGAUAUACCUGAUCCUCAUCAUGUAUUGAAAAGUUUGACUCGAAUUUGUAUACUAGCUGAUUUAACCUUGAUCUUAGCAUGGUCUCCUGAAGAAGCAGGAAAAAUACUAGAGACAUACAAAAUUUAUGAAAACAAGCCUGCUGAUAAUAUUAAAGAAAAAGGAGAAUCUUCUCCAUAUUUGAGACUGAUCCAAGCCUUGACCUCCAUAAGAUCCGUGAAUAAGUCAGAUGCUAUGAUUUUGAUAGAUAAGUUCAAAACAUUGAAAGGUAUCAUUAAGGCUUCUGAACAGCAAAUAGCACAAGUACCUGGGUUUGGACCAAGAAAAGCUAAUAAAUUGUAUACUUGUCUGCAUUCUAAUUUUUGCAAAUAAUGUAUGUAUUUUUAAUUAUGGCAGUUAAUUUUAGUACCUACUAACAUCUAUGGAAACAUCACCUUUUAUUUAGUUACAGAAAGUUAACAAAAAAACUCCAAUUAUGGCAUAUCAGGCAUAAAAUGGAAAAUUGAUAUCUAAUUUUUUGUUGAAUGAGACCAUGCCAUCUGACCAUUUAGAUGGAGUGUUGUAAUAGUCUCAUUUUAAUUCAAGUCUAUAUUUCUACUUCUCAAAAGGAGUAGGAACAAGUGUGAAGUUAACUCAAAAUAUUUUUUUAAGAUCGAUCCUAAUUUUUAACAAAGUUUGGGCUCAUGGUACAUGAUGGAAUCACCUUUGUAGCAUUUGGCGAAUAUGACGUCGUCUUUUUUUCCCUAAGCAAAAAUUCGGACCCUCUAGGUUGAUAAAACCUAGAGAUUCUUUCAGAAUAGAUGACUUUCAGAUGCAGCCAUACCUCCUGAUGAAUCUAUUGUGAAAUUUUCUUCGCAUGUCAACCUCUGCAGAUUGAAUCUAUCAAUAUAGUAAUUUUUGUUGGAUUAAAGAAAAGUACUUCAAAAAUAUUGAAAUUUAUUUACAUUCAACAUCAUUUUAACAUUAUACAUUCACAUCAAAUCAGCACAGUCAAAAUAUACCUUAAAGUUAAGUCACAGUCAUUUGGUUUAUUUAGUAUUUUGGUAAUCUAGGUGUAACAUCUCUACAUAAUGAUUUACAUUUUCUUGAGUAUUGACAUACAUUCAAAUUAAAUCAAGACAGUCAAAAUAUACCUUAAAGUUAAAAAUGUCACAGUCAUUUGGUUUAUUUAGCAUUUUGGUAAUCUUAGCGAAACAUCACUGCAUAAUGAUUUAUAUUCUCUUGACUACUGACAUACUUUUUCAAUUAGUACAUCUUCGUAAAUUUUACAAAAUACCGUUUUUAUAUCUUAUACAUGAAUUUAGUACCAAGCAACCAAGGCAUAAUAAAAAAUAUGAGAGAUUUGUCACUACAAUCAGUGCCAUGUAUUUCUAAAGUUCACAAGCACCAAAUGUACCAAAAGCAUGUAGAAAUAUUUCUAUACUAAGUGUUUCAAAUUCGACUCUGACCUUCGGGAUCCCGGAAACGCUAAGAAAUAUGAACUGGGUUCCGGUAUAGAUAGACCGAAAAACAAAAUUUUCCAGAAAGGUGGGAUUCCAAAAUAAAUUGCACAUCACCAUUGCCAUUUUUUCUACUUUACAAGGUGGCAUAAUUUGAAUUUAAAAAUAAUGAUUUGUCUCUUGUCCUCAGUCAUCAACCUGUUUUCUUGUGAAGGCCAUAUUUAUUGACGACAUUGGUAGAUCUUAGUUAUACCAAAACACGGAUACUUUCAUAGUUGGCCUCGUAAAUGACAGCUUAUUACAUGUUUUAUAAUUGGAUUAAAGAUUGCUUCAGGCUUUGAAAACAUUCAGAUAAUUUGCUCAUUUACCGGUUAUAUCAAAUGCUACUUUAGCACAAUGGGCCUCUAUAUGACACCCCAGCCGUAGAGGAUACUAUUUAAAUGCCAGAUGUCUACAUAUUUAGGCUUAGAUAUGACAGAUAUGUAAUGUGUUCAAAAACGUACAGUAUAAUUGAAACUUUUACUUACUCUAAAAUGUUGGUCAGUUUCUAUAUUUUAUACCAUUUUCAAUGUUUCCAUUACUACCCGUAAAUAACUGAAAAAGUGUUAUCUUUUUCUUUAUUCAAUGAGUUGAGACUAGCUACAGGAAGAUGACAUUUUCUUAGACAUUUGAAGUUUUAUAAUAUCAAUCCAUGCCAUAUGUAUAAUGUCACAUCAUUGUAUGCACAAUCGUUCAGUUUGCAGCCAUAAUUUCGAAAAUUCCCAACGUUUCUUGUCUUGGUUUUGGCCAUUUUUUUGUCAAUACUUGCUCGAAACAUGCCAAUGCUACGUCACUCUAUUUUUAUAUUCAGGAUUAAUUUAACAGUAGUAGGACUCUAAUGAUGAAUUUUGACGUUUUUUUUUUUGAAAAACUGGUUUGACCUGUUACAACGUUGUUUCUUCUUUGUUGCACCUGAUGCCAUGAAGGCAUGUGAUUAUGGAAAUUUCUUCACACUGUAAUAGGAUAAUUGGAUAUUUUCAAUAAUAAGUGAAGAAAUCUGGAAAAACCGUCAAAAGAUGACAUGAGACCACAUAUCGAAGGAUCUCCAGUGGGCGAACGACCGGAGCUGCCGAUGAACUGCUAGAAAAUAAUAAAUCUUUCCACAAAUUUUCAGUAAAUGCAAUCUUAUAAUUUUGUCAUUGAUUACUACACAUGAUAAUUAUAUUAAGGUUGUAAAUUAUUUUGAUAUGUCUCUCCAUUAAGAAUAUUAUCGAAAUUACCGCAAACUGGAUCAAAUGAGUUUGAAUGCGGUCACAACUGCAUGUGUUUUCAAGUAGUCGGUGUGUGGCGGCUUUCAGUGUCGACCGUCUUGAUAAUGGCGUCGACGAGGAGCAACACAUCGUAAGAUCUAUCAGGAGGUAUUUUAGGACCAACGGCGUCAGUGGCAGUCGCGCUACCGUUGAUGAUUUUUCCUCAUCAGAAGAUUCUUCUUCGGAAGCCUGAUCAACUAAACAUCCGCAUAGUACAUCAGCGGAAUCUUGUGAGAUCCCGCAUUGCACACCAGCAGAGCUCCAAGGUCAUAUUAAAGACCGCAAGGUGCGUAAAGCACCUGGAGAGGAUCGAAUUAAUAAAGCGCUGGUACGAGCCAGUGCCCCUUAACAAAGCAAAGCAGGCGUUGCACACAAUUACUGACUCCCCAUGGUACGUCUUUAAUGAAACUUUUCACAGAGAUCUUGAUAUUCCUUACGUAGGGGACUACAUUAAACCCUCUGAUGCGCGUAUCAGUGACUACACAGUCGAGCAAGUUUGCAAGAACAAGGGCGCUGCGCGCAAGGUAAUCAAAAUAUUGCUGUGAUAUUGGAGCAAACUUUUUGACAAAACCCUUACAAAAAUCAUUGUUUUGGACUACAUUAAUACUUGACAAGUGAUUUUUACAAUGCCUAACUGCUUCCAGUCUUAAAAAAGAUUUUGUUCUUCCCCUUCUUUAUUUUGCUUUUCCCUUUUUUAUUCGAGAUAAAACCGGAAAGAGGGAAUGUUGACCUAUGCCCAAUCAUCAGAAAGUGAGGGAAGGCUUGAUUGAUGAUGUUAACGGAACCAAUGACUAUCUGAUAACAAGAACUACAUAGGAAAUUCUGUUUUUUUUAAUUAUCAUAGUUUUACAAAAUUAAUGUGCCUCAUCUUAUACAUUUUUGAAAUCAGCAUUAAAAGCGCUCUAUCCUGUGCAAAAAUUUAAUAUGGCGUCCAUCAGAAAUAACAAAGUUGACGAUUGAGGACAAGAGAUGAAACGUUAUAUUGAAAUACUGAAACUAAUUAUGCCACCUUAUAAAGGCGGAAACGUGGCAAGGUUAGUUUUCAAUUUAUUUUGAAAUCCCACCACAAAUAAACUCGGUACUCUGAAUUGCGAUACUUUCUAAGUGCUGUAUUGUACGUUGCUUAAAUGGGCAGCUUUGCAUCCAUUUAACUUCUUAUCUCUUACUGUUUUACACUAACUACUACUAAAGAUGCUGUGGUCUCAAUCUUAUAGUUCCAAUAGAGUGAUCAUUAUGAUAUUAUGGGGUACUGAUGCUUUAAAGACAUGUAAAAUAGAUAUCUUAAUUAUACAAAAGUUAUAAACACCUGCGUUCGUUAUAAGUCUGUCGUGAUAGGUUUUCUUUCUCUCCAAGAUCUGCCCGACGGUCUACCGUUCGUGUUGCAAUUGUUAGUCAGCUGCACUUUGCCAGCGCAGUACUCCUUUGAAAUAGGUCGAAGCAACGAGUGUUGGACAGCGUCACCAUUUUCGCAACGCCGUUCUCGACGUGUGGAUUGACGGUAAUGUCUCAUUGUGCUAUCAUUCCCUAAAAUGUAAGUUAAUGAUUGAAAAAAAAACUUCGAAAAAAGCUGAUGAUACAAGAACGCAUGAAAGUGUCGAAAUAUGUCUGCGCUAAGCGCCAUCUACCUCUAGAAUCGACCACUGCAAACAGUGAAUAGCAGCUACCGGUUGGGACUGUAUAGAUCUCAGUCCACGAAUUGGGGGCCCAGUAACCUCGUCACCGAUAGAUGGUGACGAUUCUAGCUGUGUAGUAGAUGUGGUCUACUUGCCAUUGAGUAAACUAAACAUGGUGCUUUCGUUCGUCGGACUAAAGACCGCAACACUGGACAGCUGUUUCGUGCUUUUUGGCUACUAAUCAGCAGCAAGCCGAGACCAUGCUGAUGACUAGUCAAAAAGUAUGGUUGGCUGUCUUUUUUCGGACGAAAGCAGCAUUCCUUUCGAUAGAUGGCACUUCGCACUGUCUUAUUUCAAAGGAUAUCACAGUUUCCAUAGCUAUGCUUUCGUGCGUUGUCCGACAAACCAAGCCUAGACCAUGCUAAUGAUUAGCCAAACAGCUGACUGGGUUGACUGUCUUUGGUCGGACGGAUGAAAGCAGGAAAGCAGCUUAUUCAUCAUUUAAGUAUCUUUUAAAAUCUGACCUAUUUCGACAAUUUCAACGCAGGGUCAUUAAAAUUGGCUACAUUUUAUUUAAAAUCGUUAAAAUGGAUUUAGCCACACCGAUUAGUGUAAGUCCAAAUGCCAAGCAUGUUUUUUAUUACAGACUAAAGUGAUGACGUAAUCGUCAUCUUUCGUGAUUCCGACUAUAUAUUUACCAUUUUGGAUUUGUAUUUACCGAUCCGUUCAAGCGAGUGUGGUUAUCAGUUUGGUUAAAAGAUACGUGACGCCAUGAAUCAGCUGUUAUAUGUCAUAGUUAUCACCGUAAAAUUGUGGUAUUUACCCAACUCCGGAGUAGUUUUAUAUUCCUGGUUAUUGUUUGAAAUGUGACAAAUUAGAAUUUUGGCGGGUAUUGGCUAUUUUUUUGUAUUUCAGCUUCAUUUUUGGGAAAGCUGAUACAUGCUGACUUCAGUUGUAGCUUGUAGUAGAGCACCUUAUUAGUUAUACUCAUUACUGUUGUUGGGGACACUUUAAAUCUAGUUUCGAUGCUUAACAAAGUGUCUUGUAUACUAAAAUAUAGCCAUAUAAACUCACUGGAUAAUGUAUACAGUUUUGAUAGUAUCUUUUUUCAUCGCUUUUUCCAAUCAUUCCUGCUAAAUCAAUAAAUGUUUUCUUUGACAUGCGGAAAAGUUCAAAGAAUUGAAAGUUAUCAUAGCUACAAAGCCAUGGUUCCGCCAUUAAAAUUUUGGGCGACAUAUCUUUUAUUUUCACGACAAACUUGUUAGAAAAUUAGAGAUUUUCUCAAGUGAUUUAUGAAAGGUUUCUUUUUUAAACUUUCGAUACCACUGCUGUAGACGAAAAAGCACUGAUUAUUAAGUGAUAAUAAUAAUAAUCAAAAUUAUAUAAGCGCUUUUCUAAAAUAAACAACGUGCAACAAAACCGCGGUUAAAACCAACGCGUUCAAGCGAUUCGGGUAACUGACGACGUCAUCAACUCGUGUGCCAUCUUAAACCAUAUUUUAACCGCGGUACAUCACACAGAAAUUCUUGUUUUUCGCUUGGAUUUGAUUCGACCAAAAAAAAGAGUAUUUACUCAUAACAUUUUAUACAAAAUUAUAAAAUAUAUCAUAUAAUACUGUAUCUUGUUCUCCAUUCUUUUUUUGAAUAAAAAGUUAAUAUAACAAAUUAAAUAAAUCAACAUAUGUCACAAAAUUACUUAAACAAAAAAGUAAGUUCCUUUAUUUGAGGCUCAGAAGAAAUUUUAGUUUGAAAAGCAACAGGCACAUUUUCAAUGAUUGAUGUCAAGCAAAUAUUCCAAAUAUAGAUAGCAAGCUUUCUGACACAAAGCAUUUCGAACCCAAUGACGUCAUGCGCAAAGACAUACGAAUUUCGAUCGCGAAGUGAGAAUAUCUUCUCGAGUUUGUCUCUCUCUCUCUCAGUCAAGCUCCUUUCAUAGAAUACAAAAAAAAUCCCCCAGCAACGGUUGUGAAAUCUAUGAUGCAAUAAACUUCUAGUUAACAUAGUCAGUCAAUAUUUGUAUUAUUUAUCUGCUUCAUAGAUAUAUACAGGGUGUUGUGAAGCAUUUGACUAAACCUCAAGGGGUGAUUCUAAACAGAAAAGUUCAUGUGUUGCUCCGUGUUAAAGAAAGAGCGUCAAACAUUAGUUGAAAUAUCCUAAAGCCGGUUUUGUUGGAUUUUUUUCAAGUUUUGCUGGCACAAAUAUAGAGCCCGAAAUUUAAAUACAAUCGAAUAAAAAAAACGCGUUAUUUGAACUCACGACUCACAGAAAAAGAAUGAACAGAUUUAAAUCUGACUAGUUGACCUUAGUUAAAUUCCUGUGGAUGCGUCCAUAUCUGCUAAAUUUCAAAAAAUCUGGAUAACAUAGUUUGGCCAAAAUCUUUAUCAAGACCCUAUUUCAUAUCCCAUAAAAGCAACUUCAACAACCUGCAUCUUGGCAAGGCGGGUUCUUUGAACCAGAAGAUAUACCAACUGUUCAACACAGUCUUAGCCUAACACCCUCUCUAUAAUAGGGAGAUACUUAUGAAAAUUGACUAGAUUUGUUUCAUUGUUUCAAAAAUAAUAAUAUUUUCAGAAACCCUGCAGUUCGAGGGGUUGGUCAAGUUUUGCAAAAUUAGCAAUUUUGACUUACGUAUCCAAUAACAUGACUCAGAUGGAUUAUAAUUACCUCUAAAUUCACCAGAUUUUGAAUUUGAUGGCGUAUUUCGUAACGAGUAAGAGUCGCUUCGUUCAAAAUGGCAAUUUGUGCAUGUCUUCCAUCCACACAUAACAGAUCUGUAGUAUUGUUUGAACCUGUAAAUCACAAAAGACAUUAGAUGCUUCCAAUGUUACAGUUUAUCAUAUCUUUAUUGAAGUCUAUUUUCGAAUAUAAGUGCCGUACUUUAUCACUAUUACUAGUAAUACUACGCAAUACAAGCAUCGUAGAGAACAUAAAUGGCAACACUUUCUAAAAAUUGUUUACCUGGCGUCUGAUAGCUAUUAAUAAAAAUAUAAUAUCGCUGGGUAGAGUACAUGGAGCCAGUGUUUUCACUUGUAUUGUUUCAAAUUCCUUGGUUGCUUAGAAAAGAUAUCCUUAAUCAAUUCGGAAUAUCUUUAUGAAAUAUGCAGUAGUGAUAGAGUACUCAAAAAGUCUUCAAAAUAUCUGUAAAUCAUCACGUUUUAUAGUACCCCCUAAAAUAAAUCAGAGGUUAAAUUCUCAAAAUUGACAGAGUGAUUUUAGAGAUAAUUGUUUUUUUUUCCAUAAAAAUGUUGGACAACCUAAAAUGCUGUGAGAGCUUCUGUACCAUAAUUACCCCUGAGUAGUGAGAGCCCAUACGCAAGGACUCAUUUUUCGACAUAUUGUAUUUUCAUAUGAACUAUUUUUUCAACAAAAUAUGGUUGGUGGUUAAAUGUAAGAGUAGUCAUUGGCUAAAUUUUGCCUUAAUAUUAGUAUUGAAUGGGGGUAUGACAAAGAUUUAAUGAAAUAGAAAAUAAUUACAUUCUGGAUAGUUCAUGGAACUAUACGGCUAAUUAAUGCAUCAUUCCACUGAAUUGAAUGCAAGUUAUAGAUAUACAAGGCCAUAUUCUGUCAUGAGAAUCCAUUCAUAAACGUCACCGGACUCUGAAUAAUGUCAAGUAUAAACUGGCAAGCUGAUGAGAGCCUGUUUAAUGAUGACUAUCGAUGCCUGAGAAGGACAUUAACCCUUAAGUACCAUGGCGGGGUCAAAUUUGACUCUCCACGUUUUGUAUGCCAAGUUUCGCUACCAAAAUAUUUAUGGCGCGCUGCGCGCGUCCUGCCAAUCUUCGACCGGUAGGUGAUUUAUCGAUCCACAAAAAUUCCAUUGAUUUAUCUGUUACCACUGCAGAGUUAGGCACAUGUAGGGUCAAAUUUGACCCGUUUAUGGUAUAAGUUUUUCUAGUGCGAGUAGCGAGUAAUUUGAAAUGGCGGGGUGUAGUGGCAAUCCACGCGCUCUGACACAGAAAGAACUUGAAGCGGAGGCGCAAAAAAAAUUUUUCUAACCACUUUAGGUCAAGAACUUAUUAAGGACCAUUUGGCUCGUCGAGCUCAGCAUGUUUACCGAGAGAACUUCGUAGUGUCAUUUUUAAAGUUUCCGGACUUCAGGAACCAGUUGAGGAGAUUGUGUAAAAUAUGGCCAUAUUCUAAAAAUCAAAAGAAAGAAAGCUCAUGGUGCGAUAAAUGUCGAGAAUUUAUUUGCAAAAAUGAUGCCCGCACGAAGACGUUAUGCAUAAGUUGUGUUGAAAAGUAAGGUUAAAAACAUGCUUGUCAUUUUUUAGGUACGAAAUUCUAAAUCAAUUUUUUUUAUUUUAGGUAGCAGCUAUGACACGUAAAAUUCACCACUGAAUACAAGAAAACUGAAAAUUUUUAUAUAAUUUUUCUUAUAAUUUUAGAAAGUGCGCAUCUUUGUUAAUCUCACUGAAUACCGAAGUUUUUUUUAAUAAAGUUAUAACUAACCAUAUUCGCUUUAUUUUAUAAAAUUUUAAAACUAGUUGAAAACAAAAUGGCUUAACAUAAAAACAAGCUACAAAAUUAGAUUUUUUAUGAGAAAAAAAACAAUGGGGGCAAAUUUGACCCUGCCAUGAUAUAAAUGUUACUGUUUUUGGCCAUGGUAGUUAAGGGUUAACAUCACAUAUAAUGCCAGAUCCAUUCGCCUUUACGCCAAGCUGAGCAUCUGUGUUUACUGCGUUUUAUCGGAAAAAACUUUUUUGUUAAGCAAGAUAGAAAUAUUAUAUGAUUUGUCAUCAAAUCUGCGAAAUUCAACAGAACUGAUUCUUUGUGGAGUGUAGCCAGUUGACCGAAGUUUCUGAAUGACUAUAAUCAGUCAAAAUAAUCUAAAAAAUUGAUGUCUGCCACAUCAUUAUAAGCGGUAGUAUCGCUGAGUGAUAUAAGUCAGGUGAUAUACAUAGCUUAUGAGAAUUUGUCAUUGUAUGAUUGUUUUCACACUAGUUUCUUCAGAACUGGAACUACUAGAUUGCACUAAACCCGAUAUUACGCCUACAGCGCGCUGUCUGUUCCUCAUUCUUUCGAAGUGCAAAUAGUAGCUUAGCCAUCAGCCACGCCGAAGUGAAACGCACGCGCAGCUCUUGUCCCAUGUUUUAUUUUUAUUAUUAUUCUCAGAUAUUUGCAGGUAAAGCUUUCUACCGAUAUAUUUUUUCAAAUGUCAGCAUCUUAGGUUCAUCAUUCUAAUGAAAUUGGUUCAUCAAAAUUCUUGAUAGAAAUUUUAUCGGAUAAGUAAGUUUUUGUUUCAGUCGCGCCAACCGGACCCUUUUCCCUGUUUUAUAUUUCUAACCUGUAUUAUCUGUAAACGCCACUAGUCUCUUGAAAUUCCGUUCCAUAUUUGAAAAGGAUAAUGGAAAAUCUCAUGAA